UUCAAAAACCCAAAAUACCCUCCAAAAUUAGCAGCUCUCGACACCCAUCUUCUCUACAUCUACAGAUCCAAACAUGGCCAAUCCACCCAAAGAAACCCUAGAUACAUCUUUUGCUACUUCUCGGGGCCCCGAAGAACCCGAAUCCGUGUCCGAUGAGGAAAAAGAAGUGGAACUGGAAGAGUUGGAGAAGCUAGAGUCAGAAGCGAAAGAAAUGGCGAAGAGGAUUCUCGAAUACAGAACCACUCUUCCGGAUCAGCUCAAGGCUAACUUAGCGUCAAUUCUUUCUGCCCAGAGGCUCGUUCUUCCGGUCAUGGAUGCUGGGUCGGAUUUUGGACCUUUCGACCAGUGUACUCCAGGUUUAGGAGAACAUGUUAAAGCCAAUGAUUCAGCAUUACUAACAGAAGGGGACCAAAAGAUUGCCGAGAAAGUUCGUUUAUUGAAAGAUAAAAUUUCCAGCAAUAUCUCAGCCAUGCCUAUUGUACUAAAGAGGAUGAAAGAAUGUAUGUCUAAGAUUGAGAACCUAGAUUCUUAUGAUGGAAUUAUACACCCCGUUUUCAAAAAGCAAAAUACCAGCUGACCAAGUUCGGUUCAUGUGUUCCUAUGAUCGACUGAUGUAGAUUUUUGUACAAUGGAUCCAAACAUCCACCAGCUUUCGUAAGGAACCGAUCUACUGACCAAAUAAUGUGUCAACAGUACCUGGGUACGGGAAUUCCAUUGUGAUGUAAAGUAAAAAAGCAUCAUGUUUGAUGUGUGUAAUGUGUCAUUGAUGAUAUUCUGAAGCAACUCUUGGGCCAAUUUAAUUAUUGAUAAUGAUGUGGGAGGAAUAGAUGAUGUUGCAGAGUAUGUACUCAUUUUCUCGCUCUCUUUCUGGCUUGUGGCAAACAAUGUUCUGAAGUAUUAGAAUGGUUGAAACAAAGCUUGAGCAGAAUGCAAUUAUUUUGAUGAAAGGUUAUGCAUUCGAAUGAAAUGUUGCUUGCA